AUGCGGCUGUGCGAGGUCCACUGUCGAUCCACAGCCGUGCCUAGGUCCCGCGUAGUGCUGGCCGCCCGGCAGGGCGAUCGGCCUGGCCGCGGCGGCGGCGGCGGCGGCGACGCGCCUCCACCGCGCUACUUCACUCCCCCCGAGCGCCUGCUCAGCACGGGGCCGGCACAGGAGCCGCGGCGCGACACCGUGUACACCCUGCGCGUGUCCACCGCCUUGUCGCGUGGCGCCUCCCUGACCGACCCUGCCGCCGGCGUGCUGGUGUGCCUGGUGGCGGGCGACGGGUCGGCGCUGCUGCGCCGCGUGCCGCGCAUCAACGACCCCGAGCUGACGGAGCAGGAGGUGCGCGACAUCUGCUCCUCCAUCGACGACCGAGAGGCAGGCGCCAACUGCGCCGUGGCGCUGCACGCCGCCGCCAGCCAGCGGCAGAGCGGUGUGGGGCCGCGCCUGCGCUUCCAGGAGGGGGCGGUGGACGAGGUGUCCUUCAGUGCGCCCGAGCUGGGCCCGCUGGCGGCGCUGAUUGUGGGGCCCGAGCAGGGCAGGUUUGUGUGCCGGGAGUCGCUGGGCGAGGGCGGGCAGGCGGCCGCCUACCUGCUGCCGGUGCCGGCUGACGCUGUGGUGUAUGGCAGCGGCGAUGCGGCUGUGGCCAUCACAAAGGCAAGCAUGCCCCUGGCAUCGCCGCCGGAUGAGCAGGCGGCGCAUCUGUACAGCCUCAACAUGCAGCAGUACAGCGAGCUGAAGGGCCAGCUGCUGGCGGCCACCGCGGUGCUGGUGGCGCUGGGCUCGGCGCUGGCAUACGCUGCAGGCGGGCGCGACCUGGCGCUGCCCUUUGCGCUGGGCGGGGCCAGCGGCAUGCUGUACCAAUACAUGCUGCAGGCAAGUGCGGGAGCAGUGGCCGCCACUGACAGCGUGGGCCAGGGCAGCAGCCCGUACGCCCAGGAUCAGGCGGAGUGGCCCGGCGCGGGCCUGUCGCUGCAAGGCAUGCUGGCCAACCCGGCCGUCCGCCUGGCGAUUGCAGCCGGCUUCCUCACAGGCAUGUUUGGCGCGCUCCACUUUGGCACGGGCAGCGGCACUGCACAGGGUUCCGCUGCUUCUGCCGCCAACAUGUUCCGGGUGCAGCAGAUUGUGGCAUCCCUGGUGGGCUUCCUGUGCUACAAGGCGGCGGUGGUGGGUGUGGCAAUCAUCCCGCCCCCGCUGGAUGAAGAGCUGCAGGGCAUUCUGCAGGCAGACGCCGGCAGCAGCAGCGGCGACGGCGGCCGCCGCAGCAGCAGCAGCAGUACCGGCGGCAGCAGCCCGCGCGGCUACUGA